AUGAACAUCCUCUUGGGUAUCAGUGCAAGUGUGGCAGCGAUAAAAAUUGGAGAAGUUAUUAACAGAUUAAAAGAAAGCUGUGCUGAGAAUAACAUACAUUUUGAAAUAAAAUUUGUGGCAACGAAUUUGGCAUUUGAGAAUUUUUUAAAAAAGGUUGACUUCAAGGAAAAUGUUCUUCUUGAUAAACAUGAAUGGAUGUGGGAGAAAAAAGGAGACGAUAUUUUACAUGUUCAGUUGAGGAAAUGGGCUGACAUGUUUAUCAUCUGUCCGUUAGAUGCAAAUACAUUGGCUUCUAUGGCUUCGGGGGCGUGUCCCAAUCUGUUGACGUGUAUUUGUCGAUGCUGGGACUUCAGUAAGAUCCUUUUGGUUUUUCCAUGCAUGAACACAUACAUGUAUAACCAUCCCAUAACGAGAACCCACUUGGAAAAAAUUUCAUCUUGGGGUGUGCAGAUUGUAGAACCAUUUGAAAAACUUCUCGCUUGUGGAGAUUAUGGAAUUGGAGCUCUUCCCGAUAUAGAGACAGUAGUUAAAGAGAUAAUAAAAUAUGUAAAAAUUUAUGAACAAGGCAAGAUAAAAAAAACAAACACGGAAGCAAACAAAUGA